AUGGGCUAUAUUUCGAAACGAGCACUUGACAACCUCGUACCGAACAAGCUCCAUGAGAUCCGGUCACAUUGCUUCCACAACCAAUAUGAUCAGACCUCCAACCCUGACGGCAUCAUCGCUCUAGCUGUCGCGGAGAACAAGCUCAUGCGAGACGAGAUCUGCGACCACAUCAAUAAGAACAUGAACAUCAACCCGUGGCAUCUCACGUACGGGCAAGGGCCGAAUGGAGAUCCCGCCCUCCGGCGAACGUUGGCCGGAUAUGUCAAUGAAGUCUUCAAGCCGUCUACAGAGGUCAAGGAGAACCACAUCUGUAUAUGCAACGGGGCAGGGAGCGCCGUCGACAAUCUCUCCUUCUGCCUAGGCGAGCCAGGAGACGGCAUCCUCGUCGGCCGCCCGUUGUACGUGGGCUUCUUUCCCGACAUCGAAGCUCGAGCAAAGAUCAAACCCGUCCUCGUACCCUUCGGGACGGACGUGAACCCAACGUCAGCCGCCGCAGUCGCCGCAUACGAGCACGCUCUCCACCGCUCCAACGCCGCUGGCACCACAAUCCGGGCAAUUCUGAUCUCCAGCCCCCACAACCCCCUCGGGCGGCCCUACGACACCGAGUUCCUCACAGGCGUCUUGACCCUGUGCUCCAAGUACGACCUCCAUCUCAUAUCCGACGAAGUCUACGCCAAAUCACAUUUCCCAAGCAAAGACGUCCCCAACCCGCCGCCAUUUGUGUCGGUACUCUCGUUCCCCCUGGAGAAAUACGUCGACCCGUCUCUCGUGCACGUCAUCUACGCGAUGAGCAAGGACUACUGCGCCAACGGCACGCGGAUAGGCGCUCUGAUAUCCCCGCACAACGCGCAACUGAUGCGCACGUUCCGCUCCGUGGCGAGCUUCACCAGAGCUUCACAACUCGCCGAGCAUGCUUGGCUCAACAUGCUCAAUGACAAAACGUGGCUGGAAUGGUACUUCCCGUUGUUCCAGUCCCGCAUGACCGACGCCUACGAGUACACCACCUCGUUCCUAAAGGCCAACAAAAUCCCCUACAACCCCGCCAGCGUGACUAGUUUCAUCUGGUUGGACUUGUCACGCUGGUUGAAGGAAGAUAGCCAAGAUGCCGAGCUGGAGUUGAAUUGGCGCAUGGCUAAAGGGGGAGUCUGGUUGGCCAUGGGCGCCAGCUUCGCCAGCGAGAAGAACGGCAAUUUCAGAUUGACCUUCGCGACCCCGAGGGAAGAGUUGACAAUGGGUUUAGAAAGGUCCGUGAGCCCCCGAUUAAGCAUGAAAGACCAAUAA